UUCGUGCAUCCUCUCGGCUAAUAUGUGGACUUCGUUUUUGAUUCUGCUGCACAUGUAGACAGCUGUUUCUUUUGUUUAUGUCAUUCUCCUUGGCCGUGGAAGCACUUCAUGCGUUCAUACAGGAUGAAUCUGAACACAAGCAUUACUUGAUUGUUUCAGCAGUGACAAAUCUACUGGUGAAUCUUAUUGGUGUUUGGUUCUUCAGAAAUUAUGCCCGUGUCAAUCUUGUUUACAGAAACGCAGAAGAUAUGAACAACCACUCAGUUUGCCUGCAUGUUCUUGCAGAUUCCAUUCGUAGUGCAGGGUUGAUAUUGGCAUCUUGGUUUCUGUCUCUGGGGGUUCAGAAUGCAGAAGUUUUGUGUUUCGGACUAGUUUCAGUUGCAGUUUUUAUGCUUGUAAUGCCACUAUUUAGAGCGAGUGGUGGUAUUCUACUCCAAAUGGCACCACCAAACGUUCCAACUUCUGCAUUGAGCAAAUGCUGGCGACAGAUUACUGCUCGCGAAGAUGUUUCUGAAGUUUCUCAAGCACGGUUUUGGGAAUUGGUUCCUGGUCAUGUUGUUGGCUCACUUUCAAUACAGGUAAAGAAAGGGAUAGAUGAUCGCCCCAUACUUCAAUUAGUGCAUGGUUUGUACCAUGAUUUGGGAAUACAGGACUUGACAGUGCAAGCUGACAAUGUCUGAGAGUUUUGUUUCUGGUUUCGGCGUUGAUUGACAUUUAGUGAAGAUGGUAUUGGGUUGAAGUCCGAGAUAUAGAUUUGUUCCCACUUUCAUUUGAAACCAUGGUAUUACCAGUUGGCGAGUAUUAGAAAAUAUAAGAGAGGAGUUUGAUUGGAUCCAUGUCAUUGUAAUGAAAUAUUAUUCUCUUUUAUUGAAGAAAAUUAGUUGCUCUGGUAUCAGAGGUU